AUGGUCGAUUUGGUCAAAACACACAUUCUCGAUGUACCAAACAACACACAUCCAAAAUGGUACAAGGACAAGGGCCUCCGCAAGAACGUAUACCACUGCAUGGGUCUGUGCCUCUGUGUCUUCUACCUAGGAUAUGACCAGUCAUUGCUCGCAUGUCUGCAGUCGAUCCCACAAUGGGACGAGUACUUUGACAACCCGACAGGCAUGACCCUAGGCCUCAUUAGCUCGGCCCUCUACUUUCCCGGUAUCCCGGCCGCCUUUGUCGGCUCGUGGAUCAGCAUGAAAUAUGGCCGCAAGCCUGCUCUCUGGGUCGGUUCCGUCCUCAUCAUCAUCGGUGCUAUUGUCAAUGCUCUCUCCAAAAAUCAGGCCGAGUUCGCCGGUGGACGUGUCCUGCUCGGCGCAGGUGGAGCCAUCACAAAGGUCGUCGCCCCCGCUCUCUUGCAAGAGAUUGCCCACCCGCGCCUCCGUCCCGUCCUCGCCUCAAGCUACUACGGCUGGUUCUUCCUCGGCGCCAUUGUCUCGGGCUACCUUUGUCUCGCGGGCCUAUUCAUUCCCGGCUCGUGGAGCUGGCGCCUGGCUUGUAUUGCGCAGAUCAUCGCCCCUAUCGGUGUGCUCAUUAUCUCGUUGUCAAUGCCCGAAUCGCCUCGUUUCCUGGCCAACAAGGGCAAGGUUGAUGAGGCACUGGGCAUUUUGGCAAAGUACCAUGCCAACGGCAAGUUGGACGACCCACUCGUACAGCUCGAGUACAACGAGAUGGUUCUCGCGCUCGAGGCCGAAGGUGGCGAGCACAAGUCGAGCUACAUGGACUUUAUCAGGUACAAGGGUAACCGCCGUCGCCUGGUAAUGAGCCUUGUCAUGGCGUCGGGUACAAACUGGAACGGCUCGGGUCUCGUCGGGUACUACCUCACACCUAUCCUCGAGUCUAUCGGCAUCACGGACCCCAUCCAGACAAUCAACUUGAACAACGGCAUGAACAUCUGGAACCUUGUCGUGUCCGAGGUUGCUGCGCUUUACGUCGAGGCCGUCAGCCGCCGCACCAUCUUCUUCAUCUCCGGUUGGGGUAUGGUGGUCACCAUGGCGCUGGUUGGUGGCUUCUCAGCCGGUUACCAGGAGCAUGGCAACGUCGCCCUCGGCAUCGCCUCCAUCCCAAUGCUUUUCCUCUACUACGGCCUUUACGACAUUGCGUGGAUGUCGAUUCCGUUCCACUACUGCACCGAGAUCCAGCCUUUCCACCUCCGCACAAAGGGUCUUGCCCUCUUUGUCGCAAUGCAAACAGGCUCCAACGCAUUCAACCAAUUUGUCAACCCGAUCGCCUUUGAGGCGAUUACCUGGAAGUACUACUUUGUCUACGUCGCCAUCAACUUGGCGUACAUGGCCUACUUUUACUUUUACCUCAUCGACUCGCGCAACAUGUCCCUUGAGGAAAUCACCCUUCUCUUCGACUACCCCAGGAAGGAGGCGCGCGAGCGCGCAACCGAGGAGAUGGAGAGUCGUGUCCGUGCGGGCCUACUCCGUCGCGGCUCGACCUCGGCUGCUGUCGACGCCCUUUAUCGCGGCGACAGCAUUUCCGCGUCCGUAACGUCGCUCCACCGUGACCGCAGCGUCAGCAUACACAACCCGAGCAGCAACGAAAAGCUCUAG